GCGAGGAAUAGAGAGUAGGGAGGAAAGCGAGCAACGCAACGACACGGCCCGAAAUAGUUGUGCAGGAGUUGUGUAAACGGUGACUCUAUAUACCUAUGCUGGCACGCGGAAACGCCGAUAUCGUUAUGCUUACUUGGAUCUUGGCGUAGAAGAGCAACCACCUUUCUACGUUUCGACGCAAGCAUGAUUCUUCGUAUAUUCUCGUCUUCGUUUGUCGUACGUAUGCGACCGUACAACCGCGCGACUCGAAGACGCAGUGUCGAAAUGAAAGUGAGUGGUCUACUGCUACGACAGUGAAGGCGUGAGGUGAUUCUCGACCGAUCAAAUUUUAAACGAAUUUUAUCGUUUCUAAUAAUUAAACAUGAUAAAUUCCUAACAAGAUACCGCAUCUCGUGUAACAACAGUAAAGAGAAAAUACGUUAAAAAGAGUGAAACACUGAAAUCUGGACAGAAAUAGACUAACUACGGCAUGAGUCGCGAAGUCCGUCCAUCGAUCGUAACCUUUCGACUAUCGAGGAACCGACAAUGCAGCAAAUUUACUCUGAUCGCGGGAAAUGAAAUCUGAUUCUAGAUUCAAUUAGCGAACCGAACGGUGGAAGUUCAUUAAACAGAAAUGCAACUUGAAGUGUGCAUUUAGUAAACGCGAUUCAGAAUUAACGAAAAAGAUGAGAACGCUUACGUUUAUCGGCUGUUCGGUACUUUUGCUAUCCUUACUGCUACGUAUCAGCAUCGUGUCAUCGGCCCCUACGUACGAACACGCUGCUUUCCAAACCGCUGAUCAGUGCGACUGGCUUGGAAGCGGAGGUGGCGGUCGAGGUGUACGACCCGUGUAUCUUCGAUGCUCGAGGGGAACCGUAUCCUGGCGAUAUCCACGAGGCGCUCUACGCGUAGUUCUCUCGCCCCCUGUUCUGACCGGGUCCAUCUCGAAGAUUCGCUUCGGGUUUGUCGAGGGAGGAGGGAACGACGGUAACGCUAGCACCAACGACGUUUACCGAUUAUCCGAGUUUCGCACGUGUACCAAGGUCUCCGGUCCGGUAAGAGUAUAUUUGGAAACUCGCGGAAAACUCCGGUCGGUGUAUUCCCCGAGGGACGGUAAACACGAAGCCUCGCAUAGAUGUUUCCGCGCGAAAAAGCAGCCAGCGGCGCUGUACAUCGAAGCUGAAGAACCUCCUGUGUCGGGUGAACGUCGCGAUGCGAAAUUACAAUACGAUCUGGAAUUACGGUACACCGAUAACAGCCACGAAGGGAGAACGCGUAGAUUUAACGAGGAGGAAGAAGAGGACUGCAGGCCGUGCUCUAUGGACGAAUUGGCUAAAGCUUAUUGUCAAAGCGACUUAGUAGCUAGAGGUACCGUGAGCGCCGUUCAAAGACAACCAAGUUUAGAAGCCGCUGAGCUCGUCCUUAGGAUAACGAAGACUUUGCGCCGAAUCGAGGAAAACGAGGGCAACAACGACGUGGACGUUAUCGACUCGUACAACCGACGAAACAUACGUGUAAGGGUGCCAACCGCUUGCGACGCGCGACACGGACAGGGUGAGUUUGUCGUAAUGGCUAAACGAAGACUCGGUGAUCUUGUUCUGGUUUGCGCGCCGAGGUUGGAAACUUGGAUAAAAACGGUCCGUGAACUAGAAAGCGCACCCUGCGUACUUCGAAGUUAGCACGUUCGAGUUACAACAAAAUGACUGUAAAUACAUUGUACUUUCCUGUUCUAUACUAUACGAAUAUCGAUCUCCAAACUGUGAUAUUGUUUUGUAAAAAUUUUAUCGUGACAAAUAUAUCUUUUCAGCAAGA